ACUAAAGGGUUAACCAAAAUUAAAUUGUAUAAUAUUGUUUUAUAAAAUGCAAGUUAAAUUAAUUGUUUUAUAAUUAUUUUCUCUGAAUCUUAUUGAAUUUGUUUAUUUAGCAAAUAUAUUGUGAACGAUCAUCUUCAGCUGUUUCUUAUACAAAUUAACAGACUUUGUUGGUUAAAGUCUUUAUGUCCAACCAUAUUGGCAAAAAGAGCAGUUAGUUGAAAAAGGAAGAUGAAUAUUCAGUUGUGACACACUCUCACCGGAAACCAUGGGGUGUAGGCAGUUUUUAUCUAGACUUGUUCAUCGUCUUUCAUCUUGGUCUGUCUUGAUGAUCACCACAUUUUAUUUUCAUCCUCCUACCUUGUGAACAUGAGAUAGUCCAAGAUGUGGAGAGAAACAAAAAAGAUGAAAGACAUAGCCCAAUGGAAAGGAAAGAAGUGGGCGAAAUGAGAAAGCAAAUUACCAUCGUCUUCAUCAGGAUGAAGGAAGACGCAGAAGACGCAGAAGAGGAAGAUGUGAAUGAUGAGCUGAGAAUGUGUAUCUGUGAGAUGUUACAGUAGUCCCAAGUACAUUUCCGUUUUCCCGAACUUCGUAAAUUUGACUGUGAAUGUGUCUUUUUCAGUCACUUUAACGACCUUUCUAAUGGUGACUUCAAUUCAAAUAAUAAUGGCUGUACAUUUAAAAGUCUCUGGUAAAGAUCAAAUGUUUUUCUAGGCACACUUCAAUGCACCUAAAUGUCUCCUCUGUUUCCGCUCCCAUCAAUGAUGAUCAUCAUCAGCAUCUUCUUCCGACUUCCAUAUCUUUCAUCUUCAUCAUCUUCUUCAACAUCUUGGCCUUGACUUGAUGCUCUUCUUUGCUUCGUUUAACCCAUCUUGAGAUUCCUUAUAAAAUAUGAAUGCAACAAAAAACAAAGCUAACGGAAAAAAUAAAGUUACUCAGGAAGCGUAAACACACGAAUCAAGCUAAUGAUGAACUCGCAGAGGAGAAUGGAAAUGACAAUUUAGACGAAAAUUCAAACACCGAUUCAAAUAGCAACUCAAAAAGCAAUUCAAAUGACAAUUCAACUGGCAAUUCAAUGGAUACUGGAUCGAGAUUUAGAUUCUUGGCCAUGAUUCUAGGAUGUUAUAGCUUACUCUGAUAAUGGCUUAAGUGAGCUAGAUCAUGAUAAUCAAUUUAUUUGGCAAUUAUUUUUAUUCAGCAAAGAAAGGAACAAAAGUGUGAGAUAAAAGUGAUGAGGAUGAAAGAGAAAGAUGAAGAGAUGUUAGACGACAGAGCAACGAAGAAAGCGAGGAAAAAAGAGGAAAGGAAAAGAAAAAGAUGAAAGAAGAUGAAGAUGAUGAAGACAGUGUCGAAUGAUGUUGAGAAAAAAAGAGAGAAAGAUGAGGAUAAAGAAGAAGAUGAGAAAGGGAGCCAAAAAAGAGGAAACUGUGGAUGAAAUACGCUCGUGCGUUGUUAGUUUAAGUUUAACUUGUUCUCAUCUUCUUUUUAGUCGAAUCUUUUUUUAAAACCAAGUCCAAUUUUUACUCGCAAUGAACUUUAUUUGCAAAAAUACACACCAUUAAAUGUUGCUUCAUCUAAUCUUAUGAUAUAAUUUGAAAUCCUUUGCAUAUCUUGUUUGAUAAACAUCAAUGUCUUGUGCCUUAAUGCAAACUAUUCACCUUAUCAAAUGCUUCCUCUGAUAUCCUCUUAAUCAGAUGUGUUGUCUUCAUGUCUCUUAUGAGCUUCUUAUCUACUUGGACCUGUGUCUUUCUGUGUCCCUCUGAUUAAAUUAUUACAUUUAGUGAUCUCUAAGGAAUUGUUGUUAUCGUUUGCUUAUCAAUAUGACCAAUUGUAACUGUAUAAUCUAUUAUUGAGUUAAAUGAUUGGCUAAAAGAGUUCCUCUGUGUUUUGUGCCUUUGCCUGGAUUUAUCAGUUUCAUCCAUUGAUUAGAUGUCUUAUUUGCUUCUCAACAAUCAUGAUCUAAACAAUAACUAAUAACAAUAACUCCAACUAUUAUUAAUAUUUAUAUACAUAAACAAUGUAUAAUCUGUAUAAUUAUUUGAUAUUUUCCACUAUUUUUGUUGUUUUCUAUCUUAAUCUCGUCCAAUGUCGACCUAAGUGCAUAGUUGAUAAAAAUCUUCUUCCAUCAGCUCCUGUUAUUGGUAAAAAAAAUCACAAUUCACAUAUUCAUAAAUUUGCUGGAGAAGGAAUCAAAUUAAGUUGUAGACCAAGUGGAAAUCCAUGUCCCAAUAUCACUUGGUUUAAAGAUGGCAAGCUGUUGUCUCCUGAAGAUGAUGACUUAGAUAUCAAGUUCAAAAAAUACUCAAUUGAAAUUGAACGUCUCAGGCCAAAUGAUGCUGGUAACUAUUCUUGCCUUGCAGUUAAUGAUAUUGGUAAUGAUUCAUUGUGGUUUCAAUUAAACAUUUCUGUGGCAUGGAUUACUCAACCUCAUGUUAAAAAUGAUGAUAUUUCUCAGCGUACUGUAUACGCUGGUGAUGAUUUGGAACUAUCUUGUGAAGCCAAAUCAGAUGCCAUGGAACUCACCUUUUGGUAUAAAAAGGAAGGUGAAACAUGGAGUGAAGAGUUGGAGGGUGUUGAUGGAGCAACCUACCUCUUUUUCCUUCCAAAUGUAACCAUGAAAGAUUCUGGAAUAUAUAAGUGCCUUGUGGAAAAUGUCCUGGGAAACAGUGAAAGACUGUUUAAUGUCACCGUUAAUGAGCCUCUUCCACCAAGAAUUAAAACAUGUUGGCCAAAUAACCCUUCGGUUUUCGUUGGAGCUAAUGUAUCAUUUCAUUGUAGUUCCUAUGGUGAAGAUGAAAAAUUUUGGGUGAAAGGGUUAGUUCACAACCUGAGUGAGCCUAUCAAUGAAACCAUCAUAAUGGAGAAAGGAACUGGUGACUUGAUCCUGGAAAAUGUGACACAAGAAGCCCAAGGAUGGUAUUCAUAUGUUGCCCGAAAUCGGUUUGGCUUCCGUUCAGUUAAUUUAUUUCUCACAGUCCGCAAAGAGUCACCCAAAGAUAUCUUGACUGAAGCUGGCGUGUCUGGUGAACAAAUAAUCUAUGCUGGAGCUUUACUUAUUAUCAUAGCGUCAACAGUUAUGAUUUGUUUAGUAUUUUGCCUUAUUAAAACACGAGCCAGUCGAUUAAAGACUUUAAAAGAGAACCGAAUUCUAAGGAUCAAGAGAAAAAUAACUUUAGAAGAACCUGCUGAUUCCAGUGAUUCUUUGAAGGCUCCUUUGGUCAAAAUUGAAGAAGCUCCUUUGAAUACUUCUGACCUACCCGUGGAGAAGUAUAUGAGCACAGUAGUUGAAUAUGAGCUUCCAGUUGACCAAAAAUGGGAAAUCUCACGAGAAAGACUGAAGUUACAUAAGCCUGUUGGACAAGGAAACUUUGGUACUGUUUAUAAAGGAGAGUUAUGCGGUGUUGGUAAAAAUAAAGAGCCCAUUAUGACCGUUGCUGUUAAAAUGCUGAAAGAUCCAUCUAAUGACUCUGAUAUGGCUGAUCUUGUCUCAGAGAUGGAAGUUAUGAAACGGAUCGGCAAACAUUUAAACAUAAUCAAUCUAAUUGGAUGUUGUACUCGAAACGGACCUCUUUAUGUAAUCGUGGAAUAUGCAACUAAUGGUAACUUGCGUGAUUUCCUUCGAUCUCAUAGACCUGAUUCAGUUAAUUUUGACAAUGAUAAGCAACUUUAUCCUCAAGAUUUUCUUUCAUUUGCACUCCAGAUUGCUCAAGGGAUGGAUUAUUUGGCAUCCAGAAGAUGUGUUCAUCGUGAUCUUGCUGCUCGUAACAUUUUGGUUGCUGAGGAUAAUGUAAUGAAAAUUGCUGAUUUUGGUUUGGCUCGUAAUCUUCAAUCUGUUGACUAUUACCGGAAAACGACCAAAGGUGUGAUACCAUUGCGAUGGAUGGCUCCUGAAGCGAUUGAUCAAGUUUAUUCUAGUGCCAGUGAUGUCUGGUCUUUUGGCGUACUUCUUUGGGAAAUUUACACUCUCGGAUUAUUACCAUAUCAAGAUAUUGAUCAAAGUAGCCUUUACACUUGGCUGAGAGAAGGCCAUAGACUAGAACAGCCACCAAAGUGCCCUAAUCAAGUAUACAAAUUAAUGAGAAGAUGCUGGAGGUACAAUUCAUGGGAAAGACCGACUUUCUCUGAUUUAGUCAAAGAACUGGAGGAUAUUUCAAAUGGUCCGCAUUACCCUGAAUAUUAUGAUAUGAGUAUUCCAAUAAUGGAUACUCCGCCAACAAGUGACUAUGAAGUCGACUACUCUGACAGUUUUGACGCUGAAGAAUCAAGUCUCCAUGAUUACCAAAAUGUAAAUAAUAACAUAAACACGCAAUUGAAUCGACUUUAUUUCAUUAACGAGUCCAUUGUUUGAAAUGGAUGCAAAAAUCAUCAACUGACUAAAUUAAAGAAACCGUUUAUUUACUCUAUUUUCACCAUUCAUCUCUAAACCAAAGGAACUAAAAACGAUAUCAAAUCAACUCAUCAUUAUACAUACUUUUUUGUACAUAAAAUAACGAAACUUUUUGUCUAUUUAUUCUAAAAUUAAAUUAAUUCCAUUCUUGAAAA